CUCUCUUUCUCAUCCUCUUGUCUCCCCCUCUUCUUCUGCUGUCUCCACGUAGUAUAGUAUAGUCUUUGACUGAUCCUCGUUGCUUUUUUUUAUAUAUAUAUUCUAGUCAAACAGAAUAUAAAGUGUCUUUCUAUUUCAGACUGAAAGCUUAGCUAACAGUCACCCAGCAUUGGUCACAGUGACUAGUGAAAGACUUAGUUCAUAGAUUUGUAGUCAAGACGAACAAAUGGAUUACACGGUUGCACUUUUUAUUUGUGGACUGAUUUUGAUCUGUGACAAAAGUGCUGCCUUUCAAGUUCAGGACAGUACAUCGCCUGGGAUAGAAGACAAUGACCUGACACCUCAGGAUGGAACAGAUCGGGAACUGGACGGGCAAACCAGCUACACACAGCCGCUGGCCCUGCUGGACAGUGUGAACUCCCUGGGACAAGCCCGGGACCCCAUUUUGUUUAAGCUCCUUGGCCAGGCCUUCAGAUACAGAGGCCUGACCGACAUGGAGAUCGCAGACUUCCUGUCGGACGCGGCCAGCAAACUCCAGUGGAGGCAGCCGGAGAAGAGGUCAUGGAGCCGCGUGAGUGUCCAGCCGAGGUUUGCCACUUUCGGAACAAAGCUCGUCCCCAACAGAAAGAUGGAGAACAACGGAGCGACACUCUUACGCUACGGGAGGAGUACAUAAAUACUUGUUCCAAAGUCCUUUUUCAUUUCCCCCCUUAAAACAUUAAUUAAUUUAAGAUUGUUAGCAUCAAAAAAAAUGUGUUGAUUUCUUUCAAACUACCUUACAUCAAUUGCACUUUUUUUUUAAAUGUCAUUUAAUACAGUGAGUUUAUUGUUCCCAUUUCAAAGAUUUUAGUGCGACGACCUCAGAAAUUUGGCAACAAAACUGCUUCAAUGAAAUUUAUUGGCUGAGAAAUUUGAACUGAUUUUAAUGUGAAAUAAUUGAACUAAGCAGAGAAAAAAAAGAAACGAAACGAAAACUCUUUCCACUUUCCCGUGGUGAAGAUAAUUUCAUUAUCCUUACAUAGAAGGGCAGCGUGGAACUUGCUUUAAGAAAUGGUUACAAAAAAAAAAAAAAAAAAAGCAUAAUAAAGUCGUCUGCUUCUCAUUGAAACAAAAAGUUAAAAUUGAUUCGGAACAAAAUAUAUUUGUAUUGAUUCUGGGUGAGGGAUAGACGUGUUAUACAGACUACAUUUCACUGAAAGCUAAACUGGUCAUAACUUGUUUAAUAAAAGAUGGUCAGUAUAUAGA